UCGGAUAUUGCCAUGAAUGGACGUAGUGCAAUAUGAAGAUAGCUCGAGUUGUCGUCGCAUUGUUCGCGAUUUUCCUGUGCACGCGCUCAACACAAUCGGAAAAUAUUCUAGGAAUAUUCUGGUAUACUUUUAGUACCCCCUACAAAGUGGUUAAACCGUAUAUUCAAGCCCUAGUAAACAAAGGACAUAAUGUAACUAUCAUCUCAUCGGUAGAUUUACUACCAGACAUCGAGAACGUGCGCCACAUUCGUGUUGCAGCUAUAGAUCAAGUUAGAGAACUUGUAUUGACUUUUGAUUAUACAGAGUGGUCAGCCAGCAAAUGGAAGGAAUCUUUAAUUGCCUCCAGCUUUCAUUAUAACAUGUCACACGGCAUUCUCAGCGACUCAGGAGUGCAAUCGCUGCUAAAAGAUAAAUCCGAGCACUUCGACAUGAUCGUUUUGGAGCCAACGUACUCAGAUGCGCUUAUUGGAUUUGCAGAGCAUUUUAAUGCCUCCCUCGUUGGUUUGUCGACGUUUGGUUCCUCUUGGUUGACUGAUCAUCUAGCUGGAAACUCGGCCCCAAGUAUCUACAGACCCAUACAGCCAAUGGGCUAUUCUCAUGGUGAUUCGCUGUUGGAUAAAUGGAACAAUUGGAUUUACAUAUCCGAGGAGUGGAUGAUCGACAGAUUGGUUAUUUUACCUGGACAACUGGAACUGUUCACUCGAUACUUUCAACUGCCAAGGUCACGUUUACUAGAGCGUCGUACAUCUUACUCGCUGAUGAUGAUCAAUCAGCACUUUAGCCUCGGUCGGGUUCGGUCCAAUGUGCCCAAUGUUAUCGAGGUGGCGGGAAUGCAUAUGGCAGAACCCAGUGAACCGCUCGAGCCAGAGUUGCUGGAGUUUAUGAAUGGGGCGGAGCACGGAGUCAUUUACUUUUCCAUGGGGAUGGAGAUUAUGAACAGAUGGCUCCCUAAGAACAUGGAACAAAAGAUGCUGCAGACCUUUGCACAGCUGAAGCAGCGAGUCGUGUGGAAGCACGAAGAGCACACGAUGCUCAAUAAGUCGGAUAACAUCUAUUUAAGUCCCAUGGCAUCACAGCGUCAGCUCCUGGAGCACCCGAACAUGAAGUUGUUCAUUACACAUGGCGGUCUGUUAAGCACUAUCGAGGCAAUAUACUCGGGAGUGCCGAUGUUGGGCUUGCCUAUCUAUUUCGAUCAGUUCGAUAAUGUGGAGCGCGUGCUGCAGAUGGGUUUAGCUCGUAAACUGGAUAUCAAUACUCUCGCAGAGGAGCACCUGAUGAAUAACAUCAAGGAACUGCUCCAAAAUCCCAUCUAUGCUCUAAAGGCAAAGGAGACGUCCAGGCGAUUUCGCGAUCAGCCAACAAGUCCCAUCGAGACUGCUAUCUGGUGGACAGAAUACGUACUAAGGCACAAGGGAGCUCCUCACAUGCGAAUGACGGAUCAGGACAUGGCAUUUGUGCCCUACUAUAAACUCAACAUAUUCUCGAUACUCUGUGGUCGUAUUGCGUUUUCUGCAAUCCUUGUUCUCCUCAUCUGCGUGAUUGUUGUUAAUUUUAUGUUAAAGAAGUUUCUGAGAAUCGUUGAAGAGCUUUCCAUGUUUUACACAACUAUUUGAAGAAAAGGAGAGGGAGGUAAUCGUUAGUCAUACAAGUAAUGUGAUAGUUCACAACUGUAAUUUUUACUAAUCCGAUAUCCAUGCCCAGUAAAAAUCGUAAUCUCAUUUAGACAUUAAAAACUUCUUUAAGUAUAGUGGAUACCAAAAAUCUAGUUUAAAUUAUGUUUGCUAUUCGACUCCUCUUAUCUUUUACGUAAGUAUGUUUACUGUUGACAGAAAAUUUCAAUGCAUUUCUAGCAGGAAUAAAACUACAUACAUAUAUGCAAAUACAUAAGCCAAAGUUAUAAUUUAUAACUGAAAUAAAACCAUUAUUCACUUCCUUAUGAACGGGUC